CAGGAAUCUGGCGUGGCAAGAUGGGGGAAAUACGGUUGGCAAUGAAAGCGUUCCUUUGGUGCAUGUCUACCAUCUACAUGUUUGCGUUUGCUUCCCUAUACGUACAGAUACCAGGUCUCUAUGGCAACGAGGGGGUGCUGCCCUCGCGCUGGAUGCUGCGUUACACGGGCAAAGGAUUCUGGGAGCAACUGAGGGAUUCUCCCACCCUUCUGUGGUUGGGUCCCAAGCUUGGGCUGGACACACAGCAAGGCAUGGAGCUUAUUGCCCUGUUAGGGACCUUACUCAGCCUUUUGUCAACACUAACGCACAGGCUACAGGACUGUCGGCUCUACCUGUGCCUCUGGAUACUGUACCUGUCACUUUAUCAGGUUGGACAGGUGUUUCUCUACUUCCAGUGGGAUAAUCUCCUGCUGGAGAUAGGGUUUCUGUGUGUCCUGGUGGCACCCCUGUACCUGCCUUGGGGGCGUUCCCGGGGCUGUUUCCAUGACAACGUGACACUGUGGGUGGUGCGCUGGCUGCUCUUCCGGCUCAUGUUUGCCUCUGGAGUGGUCAAGCUCACUAGCCGCUGUCCCACGUGGUGGGGACUCACAGCGCUGACAUACCACUACGAGACCCAGUGUAUCCCCACUCCUCUGGCUUGGUUUGCCCACCAGCUGCCCGUGUGGUGGCAGAAGCUGAGCGUGGUGGCCACCUUCCUCAUCGAGAUCCCUGUGCCCUUCCUCUUCUUCAGCCCCAUACGACGACACCGCCUCACCGCCUUCUACCUGCAGUUGUUGUUGCAGGUGCUGAUUAUCUUCUCAGGAAAUUAUAACUUCUUUAACCUGCUGACGAUUACACUGUGUCUCUCCCUGCUGGAUGACGAGCACAUCAACUUCCUCCUCCGCAGACCAUCUGCAUCUGCAGACACACACAAACUGCAAAAGACAGGCGUGCUCCAAAAAGCAUGGUCAUGGAUGUGUGUUUGUGUGGAGGUGACUGUAUAUAUCCUGCUCGUAUAUUGGACCAUUCUUCAUUUCAACCUGCAGAUAGACUGGGACAAGAAGGAGGUCUCUUCAAAGAUUGCCUUCACUUAUCACCAGUUCAUGGCACUUCUGAAGGAUGUGAUGAGGCCCAGCAUCUGGAUUGGAGUUUUGUCCCUUACCUGGGAGAUUGUCAGGGCAAUGGUCAAGUGUGCGUGUAUGAAGGGUGUGUUGUUGCGUUUCUGGAGCACUCUGCAAUGGGGAGUGAUUUCUGCUGCAGCUGCAAGCAUGUUCACCAUCAGCUUGGUGCCCUUUACCUUCUUGGACUACGAUGCUAACAACGCUCUGUGGCCGGGCGUGAAGCAGGCGUUUGAGGUGACUGACCGCUACCAGCUCACCAACUCCUAUGGCCUCUUCCGCAGGAUGACCGGGGUUGGGGGACGCCCAGAGGUUGUCAUUGAGGGCAGCUGGGAUCGUGUCCUUCUGUAGGAGAUAGAAUUCAUGUAUAAGCCAGGUAACAUGAGCGCGUCUCCGCUCUUUGUGACUCCGCACCAGCCCCGGCUGGACUGGCAGAUGUGGUUCGCUGCCCUGGGGCCCCACCACCAGAGCCCCUGGUUCACCAGCCUCGUCCACAGAUUACUGCAGGGCAAGAAGGAUGUGAUCCGGCUGAUUCAGACAGAUGAAUCAAACUACCCAUUCAAGGAUAGGCCCCCUGUGUUCAUCAGAGCUCACCGCUACAAGUACUGGUUUACUGAACCCAAGGAGGACGGGGCGUAUCCCUCUCGGUGGUGGUGGAGGGUUUAUGUGGAGGAGUUCUAUCCCACAGUGUACUUAGGUGACCCUUUCCUAGAGAGCAUGCUGAGUCAGCAUGGACUAAAGGACAAGGCUCCAGCCCGACGCAGCUCCAAGGCGACGUUGCCCCGGAUGCUUGCAAGUGUGCGUGAGGCUGUGUGUGUGCUGCCGGCCCCUCUGGUCGUCUGGUCUCUCUUGGUCGCCGUGGUGGCAGCGUGUCUACUGAAACCGCUGCUCUCCCGCAAACACACACCCACGCACAAGGCCAGCGAGAGGGAGAGACGUAGCACUGAACAAGAGAAGCACGUGGAGCAGAAGGAGGAGGAGGAGCAGGAGGAGGACAGGAGAGGAGCUGGGGAUGGUAAAGACAUGAUGAAGAUGAAGGGUGGACAGGAAGAGGAGGAGGAGGAGGGCAAAAGAGAGGAGGGCAUGGAGGAUGGGAGUGAUGCAGAAGAGGAGCAGGUGACUGGAGGAGAGGAUGGAGAGGGGGGUGGAGAGGAGGAACAGGACGAAACGCAGCCUGAAGAGAACAUGGACCCUGCUGACUCAUUAAGGAAGAGGAAGUAGAUCUGUUUAUAGGAUUCUCACCUCACAUGCCACUCACUCCUGUUUGUAUUUUCUACUGAGCACUUUUCACCUGUUUUUCAACACACAUAUACACACACACACACACACACACACACACACACACACACACACACACACACACAUAUACACACAUAC